AUGGCGCGGUCGCUGCGCAGGGGUGCGCGGGUCAUUGGAGGUGCUGGAGGCUCACAAGGGGGAUACAAGUUCAUAGAGGAGAUAAACAAGUCCGAUCCACUCUACUACGGACGGGGACCGAUUCAGUUGACAGGGCAGUCCAACUACAGGGCCGCCGGGGACGCGCUGAACCAGCCCCUGGAGAGCAACCCGGAGAUAGUGGCCAACAACCCGGUGGUCUCCUUCCAGACGGCCCUCUGGUUCUGGAUGACGGCGCAGACGCCCAAGCCGUCCUGCCACAACGUCAUCCUCGGCAACUGGACGCCCACGGACGCCGACCGCACCGCCGGCCGGCUGCCCGGCUACGGCGUCAUCACAAACAUCAUCAACGGCGGGGUCGAGUGCGGCAUGGGCCAGAUGCCAAACGACCCCAACGCGGACCGCAUCGCCUACUACAAGCGCUACUGCGACAUGCUCGACACCACCUACGGCGACAACCUUGACUGCUACUCCCAGAAGAAUUUCGCUGCCUAG